CACGAUGCAUAAAGCGCCGUACAGUGUUACCUUUGUGCGCCACGGCGAAAGCGAAUGGAAUAAGAUGAACCUUUUCUGCGGCUGGCACGACGUUGGUCUCAGUGAGGAAGGUGAAUGGGACGCGCUGGAAGUAUCGGCCGCGGCACUGAAGCGAGAAAACAUGCGUUACGAUAUCGCAUUCACUUCCUGCCUGCGCCGUGCCAACCAAACGCUGGACAUUAUCCUGAAGGAGCUAAACCUCACCGACAUACCCGUUCGGCAGCUGUGGCGCCUUAACGAACGACACUACGGUGCGCUCACCGGGUUCAACAAGCGUCAGAUGGCUGACAUCUAUGGCGAGGAGCAGGUGCAGGUUUGGCGCCGUAGCUUUAACGUACCACCGCCGGCCAUCGAACCGACCAAUCCGUACUAUCAUGCGAUCAAAAACAAUCCACGGUUGCGACACAUUAACGAGAAAGAUUUCCCGCUGACCGAGACGCUUGAGACGACAAUGGAACGGGUAGUGCCGGAGUGGACAGACUCAAUCAUACCGGAGGUUCGCGCCGGGAAGCGGGUACUAGUUGUGGCGCACGGUACUAGCUUGCGCGGGUUGGUAAAGCAUAUUCAAGAUAUUUCAGACGCCGACAUCAUGAAGUUCAACCUGCCAAACAGUAUUCCGUUCAUAAUCGAUUUCGACGAGUCGAUGAAGAUGGUCGGUGGCAUCCGGUUCCUGGCGAAUGACGAAACGGUGCUGAAGGCAAUGGAAAAGGUGGCCUCGAUCGGUGGCAAGUAAACG